UUCAGUAUUUGCCACAGACAAUUUCCAUUACAUUCAACUCCAGCAUUGCACUUGUCUGGAAUACCUUUUGAUGAAGAUGUGAUUUUUAAACUGUUGAAAUGUUUUUGAGAAUGAUGAAAUACGAGUUUAUUUUAUUGCUUGUUUUUAAAACAGUUAUUGCUGUUACAGUAAAAAAUGUGAAAAUUAACAAUUUUGAAUUAGAGUUUUCUGUGACUUACGAAAAUUGGUGUAAAUCUGACAAAGACAGAUUUCAGUUUAUAAUUGGUAUAUCUAUCGAACAAUGUGUGACAGAAUGUGGUGCACGGGGCCACUGCAGUUCUCUUAACUAUAGAAAUCAAAUAAACGGUUGUGAGCUUUUCCUUACUUCCGAAACGGAGCAGCGAGUUCCCGGCGAGUGUGUCUAUGUUAAAAAAGACAACAUCAAAGUGACGAAGAGUCCUUGUCAAGAAGUUUGUGCUUACGGGCAGGUAUGUGAAUCAACAAAUUCCAAAAAGGGAAUGUGUAACAUAAAAGAGUGUAUCAAAACCAAGGCCCCUAUUAAUGGUACAGUUCUUGGGAAUCUAAGGGGAGUUGGAGACAAGAUUCGUUACAUGUGUAAUCCCGGAUACGAACCAAAGAACGACGGCCAAGAACCUGUAGCUAUAUGUCUUGACAACGGACAAUGGAGCCAUGUAACAGAAUGUGUAAAAACUAACUAUACUUGGGUGGCUUCAUGGUCACCAUGGAGCACAUGCAGUUUAAGUUGUGGGUCCGGAAGAAAAUCAAGAACGAGGGAGUGCUCUCUUCGCAUAAAAGGCAACGGUGCAUCUAAUUGUGAUAAAGGGGAUGUUGAUGUUGAUAAUAGUACUUGUAAUAACCAAUCCUGCCCUACACCGACACAUGGGAAGAAUUGCUCAAGUAAAACAGACUGUAUAGAAACAGAGGCUGUGUGCAUACAAGGAAUAUGUUUCUGUGAUAAGCUAUUUGCAUACAACAACGAAAGUAAUAACUGCACAAAAGUAUGCGACACUUUGACAGGCAACUAUAGUAAAAUCAACAACACAGCAAUUUUAGGUUUUAACAGUGGUAACGAUACGGUGCGUAACAGCUUGGAAGAAUGUGAAAAAGCCUGCAAUUACGACCAGUCUUGCUUAUCCUUCGAAAUAUGGCUCGAAGAAGGGCAACCACCGAAUGAGGUUAAAUUUGGAUGUACAAUAGGAUUAGCAACAUAUGAUAUGAUCAAUUCGGCGGCUCCCACACUGCUCAAUAAUAAUAUAACCGGUUGUGAUCUGUAUUCCAAAACAUGUUCCUGACUAAUAUGUAUAGAUAAAUAAAAUAAAACAUGAAAAGAGAGUAUCUAAAAAACGAAAUAAAGUUUAUGUGGUUUGAAUUAAAACUUUAUGUAAAACAAAUACCUGGUAUGUAGUUAUAGGUUACUCAUAUAUCAAGUGGUACAAAUUCAAACGACAGCAAUUGAAUAUAAGCUUAAUUUUAUAAAAUUCAAAUAUUUUCAACUUAACUCCAUUGAAGUCCAAAAGCCUAAAACAUAAAAUUUGAAUUCUGUAAUAUACAUAAGCUGGGACAAUUAAAACAGAACAAAACGCAAAAGAUAAUUAAGAAUUUUGCUCAGAAAUAAAUUGAAAAUCGUACUUUUGCCAUUCCUAGCUCGAUUAAGGUGAAAGCUUAGAAACGCUUUUAAAUUUCGGGUCAUUUGUUACAAUUAGAAUAAUUAUUCAGCGAAAAGGUUUUGAUCUGAAAUUUUGCACACAAGGUAUUGGUCUUACCCUAUAUCAAAUGAAACAUUAAUCUUUAAAAAUUAUUUCCAGCCCCUUCAUGUCAAAAAAAUCAGUGGAGUCCCUGUAGUGUGCAUUUAGUUUACACUUAACUACAUACAGGAUAUACUAAACUACUUAGAUAUAGCUUUAAUUGGCAAAAUAUCUGAUUACAGACAUAAUGUGUGAGAAAAUCUGCUGCUAUGCACAAUUAUAGUUAUGUUUGCUAAAUACUGAAAAAGGUCAAGUUUUACAUCAUUUUGUAAUUGAUAAUGUGUUGCAUCAAUUGUUAUCAAAAAGAUAUAUGCAGUCUGAAAGACGAUAAGUGUUCCCAUCAAGGUCCUGAAUUAAAUAUUGAAUUGAAUUGGUACAUGCCGAGCUGUUCAUUAGGGCGUCAUAGGACACAUUGUUAAGGUCGUUGACUUCAAACUACUUGCCUCUCACUACUGCGGGUUCGAACCCUGCAAAUGACAUUUGAUUCUUCAUUGUAAGGAAGCUAUCCAGCAAGUCGUCAUAUGGUCUUUUAAAAUGUUAUUGCGACAUAGUAUUUCACCAAAACAAAUAAUGAAAAAUAGAUAAAUCAAUUAAAAAAAACAAAAAACGACAAAUUAGUAAAUCCCUAAUAAAUUUGUGUCUGUAUUUUUAGACCUGCAAAAGGCUUUUGAUUGAGUUGACAAUGCAAUUAUUUUAUAUAAACUCAAACUUUAGCACUUUCACAUCAUUAAAACUGUUUCAUUCGUAUCUGUCUAAAAAGUCUAAAAAUAUACUAGUAGGUAGUAGACAAAGCUAAAGAUUGCAAAAGCAAUAUCGCAUGCUUUUUAUAAUGCAUUCCUUUUUUCCUAUUUUUGAGUAUUGUUGUAAAAUAUGGGGGAAAGAAACGAAAAAUAUAUAUGCCGAAUAUACAAAAUACAAAUUCGAAUUUGCAAAUUUAAUCUAGACUUUCCAAUAAGAAAACGAGCAGAAAAUUUAUCUAAAAGAUUAAAAAUAUUGCCUUUCAAGGAAAGAUGUAUUUUUCACACCGGUGUCCAAGUAUUUAAAACACUGAAUCAUACGUCCCCUCAGUAUAUCCGAGCCUUACUUACCAUAUCUAAAAAUCAAAAGUAUAAUCUAAGAUCAAUAUCUCAUGGAAAUGUAAUUUUGCCCUACAAACCACGUACUAAUUAUUUCAAUGACGCAUAUCAAUUUAAUACCAUGUUUUUUUUUGGAUUUCUAUACCGUUGACUAUUAGAAAGAAAACAAAAUUGUCUAUAUUUAAGAACGUUUCAAGAAAUACUUAUAUAAUCAACUUCAUACAUAUAUUUUCAUUAUUAAUUGUAUUUCUUACUAUAAAAUGUUUUCUAAUAAUGGGUGUCUGUCUUAGAUUUUAGUUUUUGACUGUGUUAAUUUUGUAAGUUUUUUACUUUGUAAAUUGCAGAUCAAAAUAAUGCACUGAGGAAAGUUUUAUGUUUAAUGAUAGUUAUUGAUAAAAUGAAUUGUAUGAAUGUUCAGUAUGUUUGUUAAGAUAUAUACUAAGAUUUUGAUUACCAUUUAAUAAUUUCCUUUAAAUGUUAUAUUGUUUUCGAUUGAUUUGAGCUCUUUUGACUCUGUGUGUGCGCGCUCGCAUGCGCUCGUGCGUGUGUGCGUGCGCGUGUGCAUGUGUGUGUUUAAUUUAAAAGGCCGCAUUGUAAAUAAGGUGUUAUAAUCUGUAUAAUUAUGUCUGUAUGUGUUACCUUCUGUAAAAAAAUUAUUACUAUUAUUAUUAUUAUAGUUUAGAGACUUUUCCGUUGUUAAUGUGUCAUAGUAAAAUCGUAAACAUAUACAUGCACAGUGCGUUAACUGUAGUGCAGGUAUUAGUUACCCAUAGAAAUACAUUUAUCACAUUCAGAUGCUUGCUCACUGGUUACUUUUUUCUGGGGUUUCAUAUUGUGACAACACAAAACGUGUCUUUGUUUUUGCUUGUGAUACUAAGGAGAAUUAUUAUAUGUAAUUCAUAUGUUAUUUAUCUAUUAUCUCUUAUGAUAGAGAAUAAUUUCAUGCAAUUUAUUAACAUCAAAUUAAGUCUAACAAUAAGCCUGCUGGAGACACUCCGAGUGUAAAUCAGAUUACCGCGUGUUUUGAUGUUCUGUCUAUUGUUUGUUCAGCAGUUUUUUGUUAGAAGUUAGACGAUUGGUGUUGAUAAAUUACAUAUAAUUACAUAUAUAUUUGUUUUAAAUUCAUUAAUAAAGGUUAUAAUAUGCUCAAAUUUGAAAUUUCGAAAGACUGAUAAUUACAAAGCA